UCCCCGCUUCAUAAGUAAAGGUCUUUUCUGUGUCGAUUUUUAGUCAGAGUGUAUCCAUUAGUUUUUAAAUUGACAUACCUACAGCAUAUCCCAGACACAAUAAAUAAUUUUAAUUAUAGUAGUUAAUUUUCAAGUCAAUAGUGAACUAAUCAUAUUAUUUAAUUUAAUCUUAUACAACAGUAGAAACGGCGUCUAUACAUCAGUAGAAAAUGACGUUGUUAAAAACCUUUUAAAUUGACAGCUUGAUUUGGUUUGGUUUCCGCUACUGUGCUAUUGUGCUAUUUUUUUUGGUUUUUCGUUUAAAAUAUUAAGAAAAUGUCUAUAUCUACGGCUACAGAUGAACGUACAGAAGGCGAUGAUGAUACUUCACAGGGAAGCCAUCCAAAAGAUGACAGCAGUGACUCUGAAAAUGAAAACGAGCCCCAAAAUCAAAAUGGUGGUUCCAUUAGUCCUGAAGUUCACGAAAUUACUAGCGACGAAGAAGAUUGUGUUGUGACAAACGAUGACGAAUCAUCAAAUUGUAGUACAGAUUUAGAUGAAACUUCAGAUGCCUCACAGCAAAGUAAUAAAGACAGAGAUAAAAACAAAGAUGAGCAACCCAUGGAAAAUGGAGGAGAGGAGGAAUCUGACAUUGAGGAGGUUACUGUUGAAGAUCCCCUCAACCAAACUAAUAGUAAAACAAAGCCAAUACUUAUCAGUGAUGCAAAAAGUUUAUCUGAAACAGCAUCAAAGCAAUUAGAUGCUAAUGGUAGCGAACAAAACAAGGAACCUACUGUUGUAAUAAUAGACACAAAUUCCAUUCUAUCUGGGAAGAGUGCAAAUACAAAUUCAAAUAAAAGUAGUACUAGUUUAUUAGACGCUCAGAAUUUAUGUCAAAGUAUUGCUGCAAGGGGAACAACAAUAACUCCUAUCAGUUGUAAAACGAGUUCUAAUAAUCGACCUAAUCAAAACAAUAUCCCAAUUCCGCAACCCAACAUCUUGCCAUCUUUGACGGACGAUAUGUUUGUCGUUGAAGCACCAUCAUUCAUUGUUCCUUACGUAUAUGAAAAGCCAUCCCUUAAACCAUUUAGAGAGUUUGUAGACAAAUUGGGUAAAGAACUAGAUGAUAUUAAGGUCAAAGAAGAACAAGCAAAAUUGGAGAAGGAAAAAUUAGAAAAGGAGAGGAAAGAGAAAUUAAGGAAAGAGAGGAUUGAACGUGGUGAGGAAGUUGAGGAGGAAAUAGAGAGUGAAAGUGAAAUGAAGAAAACAUCUUCAGAGGACUUAUCAAAGGAGAAAAAAGCUGAGAAAAAGCACAAAAAAAGGAGAAAUGAAGAGGAAGAUGAUUCUUGGGAUGGGGAGUCUACUAGUGAGUCUGAUGACGAUGGUGCCAGCGAUGAGGACACCGUCCUUAUAAAGGAUAAGAAUGAUGGUAUGGAAGGAGUAAAGGAUCCUUUAAACAUGAUUAUAAAAGGAAUUGGUGGUAAAUCUGACAGUUACUUUGAUUGUUCAUUGGGUCAGUUCUUUAUUAAUAUCGGUAUUAAUUUAGUUCAAGAAUAUGUUCAAAGUGAUUUAUUGAAAACUCAAAAUAGAAAACUGUAUAAAGAAAAGAAAUCGGGUCGUAGUACAAAAGCAACAGAAACAGCGAUAGCUUCACUGACCCAGAAUUUAGCUUACAGUAAGAAAAUUAAUGCACCAUAUGCCCUUGAACAGAAAAAGUGUGAAUUUUGUAGUUUUAAAACUGAGUCUCUUUUAGUUAUGGCUCAUCACUUAGAAGCACCUCACAUGAAAAAUAAUAUAUAUAAGUGUAAUACUUGUCCAUUUGAAAUUCGUAGUCCACAUGAUAUACUGUAUCACAUUGAAGCUGAACACAAUAUUAGAGGAAGGCUGGAAAGAGCACCAGCCUACCAGCAGUGCCCCAACUGCCACUUUGAGGACAACAGCAAAACAAAACUUGCAAGGCAUCUCAUUGCCUGUGCUAAAAAGUUUAAACCUGAAUUCAACCUUGGACCACCUCUCGAAUGGGAGCCUCCAGCAAAAAUACCAAAGCUAUCUAGGGCUCGUAACAAUGUUGUUGGCCCGUAUCAAACUAAUUUCAAUCGGUCACAAGUCGGUAUGACUCCGCUUGGAAGACCACCAUUAAAUAUCUCCAACUCUGUUAUGCCGAAUAUGCCAGUCUUAGGACGGCCUAGAGGAAGACCUCCACUAUCAGCACCUGCCAGGGCCCCUGUCUCUGGUGUCCCCAUCAUUCGCAGUGGUGUAAUGAUCAUGCACAAUACUCCUCCGAGUGGAACAACAAUUUCUAAUUAUCCUAUAAUGCAAAACAAUCAAGGAAAUCAAUCAGCUACACCUAAGAUAUCAAUAACACCUCUACCUCGUGCUCCUCAACCUUCUUCAUCUAAUUCUACCCAAAACUCCAAAGCUACUUUUGUAAUAUGUGAAAUUUGUGAUGGCUAUAUUAAAGAUUUAGAACAGUUACGAAAUCAUAUGCAAUGGAUACAUAAAGUGAAGAUCCACCCCAAGAUGAUUUAUAAUCGGCCACCAUUAAAUUGCCAAAAGUGUCAGUUUAGGUUCUUUACUGACCAGGGUUUAGAGAGGCAUUUAUUGGGCUCACAUGGUUUGGUCACAAGUUCUAUGCAAGAGGCUGCCAACAAAGGCAAAGAUGCUGGCAGGUGCCCAGUUUGUGGAAGAGUUUAUCAAUGGAAACUGCUCAAUCAUGUUUCCAGAGAUCAUAACAUGACCUUGAAGCCAGCUCAUCUCUCAUAUAAGUGUACAGUGUGCACUGCUACAUUUGGGAUGUACAAACAAUUUGAAAACCAUGUUUAUUCUGCCCACAGUGUUGUGGCCAAGCGCGUUAUAGAUAAAAACAAAUCUUCUGCUCCCCAACCUAAGACAACGGAAACUGACCCCUUGCUCAAACCACUCAAAAUAAGUGAUGAGAUUACCAUAAUACCCCAACCUGCUAAAUCAUCACUCACUAUAACAGCCAAGGGUAAAUAACAUUAAUAUUUGGAAGUGUCAGUACUGACAUAAAGCCUGUCGUGUUUACCCAAAUUGCUUCAUCAGUGAUGCACUUCCAUUACUUUUUUGCAGUAUUGUGUAUAUAAUAAGAUACAUACAUCUUUACAAUUACAAUUAUGAAAGCAAAAGAUACGUUGAUGACUGUUCCCUCUAACAAAGGUGUUUAUAUUGAAAACAAGAAAAAGUAAUAAUAAAACCUUAAAUGUAAAUUUAGUGUAUAAAACAGAAACCCAUCGUAAAUAUACUAGUGCCCCCAACAUUUAAGGAUCACCUCUGUAUAUUUGUGACUUGUGUGCUGUGUUUUUUUUUUUGUCACAAAGAAAAAUUCUAAAACAGAUCUGUAUCUUCGCUGUAAAAUAGUUAGUGAAAGAAUUAAAUGCGCAACUUUAGAUGUUAGUUUCUAUAAAUCAUUGAUAAGUAAUUUAUUUGCAAGUUAUUGUGUAACCUGUGACAACUAUAGAUCAUUGUCUGCCUAUUUUAUUAAUUAUGUAAUACUUUUCACCUGAAUUCAUUGAAUAAGAAUGUAUUAUACUAUAACUUAGGUAGACGUUAAUAAUAAAUGUAAAUCAAUUAUGAUGUAUGACAUAAGGUGUUAGUUAAGAUUAUAUUGUAGUUUUAAAUUAUAAAUGCAUAAGAAUGUAACAAUCAAUGCCUGAUCCUGACACCCUACCGGAAUGCUUGCGUUUUGGAUACAAAGUUUUAGAACACAUCGGUCUUAUUUAAUUCUGAUCUCAGGUUAGACUGGAGUGUUGAUUUGGUAAAAGUUUACUAAAUUGUUAACGUACUUAUAGAACUGAAAUAAUGUAUUUUUUUUAUUUAAUAAAAAAGACCAUUGUAAGAAUGUAUACAAUUUUAUUUAAUAACUUUCUUUUCCGAUUGUAAGGCAUAAUCGUUGUUACAUUUUAGCAGCUUUUUUAUUUUUAUUUUAAAUAAAAGUUUUCCUAAAAUUGUAACGGGAGCUUUGUUAUUAUAUAACAAACUCUUAACUCAAAAAAUAGGUUUUUAUUCAUGUUAAUAACUAUUUUUCACGCCCUAGAUUUGCGCCAUAACUGGAUUUUCAUAGCCCUUUCGCCACUCACUAUUUACUUUUAUAAAUGCCCCACAUUUAAAUAUAUUAAAGUAAAUCAACUUUA